CUCUUAUAGUAUCGAAUUCUGUUACUAACACUAUCAAAUACUAAAUACCUAGAGAAUUUGAUGGAUCUCGGCCGACUUACUUCACCUAUAAACGGCUGAUUACGUACACAUACACAAGACCCGAUAUUUUGGUUUCAAGGAAAAUGUGAAGAAACAAGUCAAGCCAGAGGAAAUCCAGAACAAAUAUAUUUCCCAUUUGUGGAUAGUCACCAUUGCAUGUCUUGUGUGGCACUGGCUUGAACCGCAACCAUGACCCAGCAGAUACACAGCUACUCGGGUCAGAGCUAUGACCGGUGGGUGGAACGCAACUCUAACAGCUCUGCCUUUGGGAAAGUCCAGAAGCAGUUCUGGUUUACGAAGAGCGCUGUCAUACGCAAACUCGGGAAGAAGGAGGACGAGCAUGUGGUUGCUUCAGAUGCCGAGCUCGAUGCCAAAAUUGAGCUCUUCAAGGCCAUUGAAUCCAGCACUAAAGAUCUGCAG